ACUUUGAGGUGUCUGCAAGAUGCAGUAUACUGCAAUAUACUUUAAAAUAAAAUGUAUCUUUCAUUGUUGCUUAACCUUUUCUUGGACGUUGAGCCAUUUUCGAGGCGCGCCAAUUCUGAUGCUAGUUUGUUUUGUCCCCGUUUCGUAUAACCUCGUCAAAUAGUUUUCCGUUUAAUAAAUAGUCAAAUUCACGUUUACGUAAAGUAUACAUUCUACGUAAAAAUUUUUUUUAUCAAUAUCACAAUGCUCGGACGUGUUUUCAGAAAAACUUGCAGAUAUAGCUUUAGACAUCUUAAUGAAAGAAAGAAGCACGAUUCGAAGAUGGAUCAGACGUCGUUCGGCGACAUUGCGUGUGAAACAGAAUAUUAUUACAAGCAGGACAGGAAAUUGCUGAAAGUCGUCAAGGAGAAGACGCAGAACGAGGUGAAACACAUGCAGAGAGAAGUGCAAAUCAUGAAGAACAAGAUUGAUGAAUACAAUCGCGGCAUAAGCGAGAAUCUGAGAUUUCUGAAAAACCUAGAGAAAGAUUUAUCUGCUGGCGACAAGAAGACCUAGGCAAACGAAACUUCUAUAUAAACUUUCAAAAAAAUG